AUGUCUUCUGCACAGGAGGUCCAGUCUCUGCUAAGAUUUCUGUCACAAGACGCAAAGUUGCCGCUCGCUCAGGCUUUAGGGAAAGUCAAGGAUCUCCAGGCUGCGAAACUUGUUACGCCUGAGGCCAUCGCCAAAUCAAACAUUGAAGCCAUCAGAACUAUCUUCGAGGACGAGAAGAUUGCUCGACAGGUCUUGAAUGCCUCCAAACGGGUAUCAAAGAAGCGAUCGAUAAGUGACGCUUCUGGUCCAGCGUCAGCGCCUGCUCAAUCGGUCAAGAAGAUCAAGCCAUUGUACGGACAGCCCUUGAGUCCCUCCGAGAUCGAGGCUUCUCUAGCGCUUCCAGAAGCGAUCCAUAGUGAAGAUGCUCUGAAGUCGAAAGUCAUCUUUACCAACCGAGCACCACUAGUCCUGGCAUUCACGGUGGCGCUUUUGAAAUUCACUAUGCCUGAACAGCCGCUGUCAAGCAGACUUAGCCUCGCACAAGCUGUCGUAAGUAUGAAUAGUAAGACUAAGGCAGUCCAUAUUGGCAUCGAUAGUGGCAAGACUGCAGAAGACGAGGGUUGGGGAGAAGGGCAACCCAUCAUCCGAAUUAUGAACAGAGAAGUUCGAGUGAUGAAGCGCUGGGGCUACGAAUGGGAGGUUCCACCAUCACCAGCGAAUGUCAAGAAAGAAGAGUCGGCGCAAGGCAUCGUGAAAGAAGAAGCCUCGACGCAAGGCACUCUGGUGGGUGACAACGAGCAACCCAAAGCGAACGAGCCCGCGCUGUGGGGCAUCGACCUAGAGGCCCUCAAGAGAGCGAACAGCGGGCCGAAUACACACAAAGGCUCAAGCCAACUACCUAUACACACCGCUCAGGGUGCACGAGCGUACCUGCUCAAGUCAUUCGAAACACCCAAGGCCGCUUCCACAGACGCAGAAGCUGCUCUUGUGAAGCGUACCGCUGCUUCAUUGACAGCGGAGAAAAAGCGGAACCUUGGGAUGCUACUGGGCGCGCUCGAACUCUUGUACCAAUCGUGGGCUCAGGUCCUGAGCACAGAGGACCUCGAUCGGAGAGCUUGGGGUUGGUACGUGCGUGUCCGUCCGGAAGUUGCUUCUGGACAAGCUGGCUGGGGUGGGAAGGGCACAGUAAAGCUGUCAGACAUUCUCGAACUGAGGCGGCCGGCAGAUUAG